GAUGAAAAGUUGGAAAUUGGAGAGCACCUUAUCCUUGAGAAUUUGUAGAGAUAGAAAGAGAAAUGGAAUUCACAGAGAAGGAAGAAGGUUUGGUGAAGGAAUCAUGGGAUGUUUUGAACAAGGAUUUGCCUCUCUACAGCCUUCAUUUCUUUACUCAGAUAUUGGAGAUAGCUCCAGCAGCAAAGGGCAUGUUUUCUUUCUUAAGGGAUUCUGAACAGAUUCCUCAGAACAAUCCUAAGCUUAAGGCUCAUGCACUCAAGGUCUUCAAGAUGACAUGUGAAGCAGCCAUUCAGCUGCGAGAGAAGGGGGAAGUGGUGGUCUCUGAGACUACCCUACAAUAUUUGGGCUCUGUCCACCUUCGUAAUGGAGUCAUUGAUCCACAUUUUGAGGUGGUGAAAGAUGCAUUACUGCGAACGGUGAAGAAAGGAAUGGGAGAGCAAUGGAGCGAGGAAAUGGGCAACGCCUGGACCCGGGCUUACGACCAAUUGGCUUCAGCAAUCAAAGCUGAAAUGAAAUAAUAAUAAUAGUAAAGACUAUUUCAGCUGAGUUUUGAAUUUGCUUUAUUUGUUUUGGCGAUAUUGGCAAUGAGGCUCAAAACUCAUAAUCUUAUGUCUUUUUAAUUAUACUUACUGCCAUUUCAUUCCAUUCGAAUUGUCAUAUUUGAACUGUUGAUUGCAUAUCUUAGUUCGUUAAAAUUUAA